AUGUCUGACUCUGAAGAAAGUGAUUGGCAGCAAGUGCGCACCUACACUGACCAUAUUGGUCACUGCGUGGUGUUGGAGCAGUUCGUCGAGCCAGAGUUCCCGCCGGAUGACGUUCACUUGGUCCCUUUCCAGGUCUACAGCCUUGUUCCUCUAGAUGACGACCACGAGCAACUCCGGGAAUACCUGAUGCAGAGCUUUAUUGACGAAGAGCUCAAGCCUCUGUUCGAGAUUUAUUCAUACUGCCCGCCGGACGCCUUCGCGUGCAUUGAACAUAACCGCCAGGAAAUCGCCCGGCGCAAGCAGCUUCAUCGGUCAGGGGUUGAGAAUCCACCCCCGCUUAUUCCGAAAUUCCCCCGUCGGAGCGAUGGCACGCUCGGUGGGUUUUGUAUUUUGAUUCGAUCGCACAGCUAUCGAUUCGGUCAGGAUGAGGAUGGGUAUACUGCAGCGGGCGAAGGGCCGGAUUUGCUUUAUUUCAACCGCUCGUUUUCUAACACGCGCAAUGAUAUUGACGAAACGCAACGUAUUUCCGAGGGUGAUGAUCUUACGUCCGGGGCAUUUGAAUUGUCCACCGAACGUAUCACAAAACAGUUUAACAUCGGCCAGAUUCUUAUGUUGGAUAUUUUCCUCAAAGCCGGUCGCCCUGAUUUGCAAUACGCCUUGGAUAUAGACGAAGGCGAGCCUCCUCAAUCGAAUCCGCUGUCCGAAGAUCAGAUUCGCGACCAAUUGAAUCAAGAAGCUGCAGUCGGCGGUUUCUCAUUUGAUCCAACAUUCCAAAUUUCACAGGAUAUCGACAUCAUAACAGUCACCAAUGCCGCGGAGAGAACUGUUUGUGAUGUUCAAUAUUCUAUUCACGCGCUUUUUCUCGCCCCCGUCCGCGAUUCAGCACCGCUCUCUCUCCUGGAAAGCACAGCACGUCUUUUCACGGCGUCGAUUGUCUCCCAUCUCCCAGCCAACAAAACAUUCAACUUCAAAUUCUGUAUCCCAAAUUCUCAUUCCUGGUCCGCUAUUCGCCCCGCUCAAACCGAAGCUCUAUCCCACCACAAUCAAGAAAAUCCCUUUGCUAUCGGAGCUUUGCACACUUUUUCCGCAGACAACGAACAACCCUCUGUCACAUAUCGCUUUACCCCUCAAAAAUCCGACAAAUAUUUCGCCUCUGCAAAAGAGACGGCCAACACACCAUUCCGUCUGUUUACAGUUGCGCUCGAUCGCCCCAGAUUUGUCUCCGAGGCCGGAGUUUAUUUCUACAUGGCGGACUUUGAUACGUCCGGGGAUCCGGACCCUUACUUGGAGGUGUGUCCCGACGAUACGCAGAUUUUCCGGGUCGAGGAUAUGAGUACUGUUGCCGGACGAUUGGGGAUAGUUGUUCUUGACGAGUGA